AUGCGAAGCGCCUCUUCGUCGUUUCUCCCAGGACUUGCGGCGGCGUUUGAACGCGAAUUAUUAAAAGAUCAGGGGUUUGUCGUCCUGAGAGGGUUUCUGGAACCGAGCACAGUGCAAGCGCUUGGAGAGGAGGCGCUGUUUACGCUUCAGUAUGAAGCGGAUAGUGUGACGCACACUGGCGUUGCCGGGCACGGCGGUGUUAUCGCGUGCUAUGAAGCCUUGCCAGCGAGCACCAUCAGCGCCGCUGAUUAUAUCACGAACUUCCGUUUGAAUCCGAAUGCAGACUCCACCGAGGUGCUCAGCGUGUCGAGGCGACUGGCGGCUCUGGCCGCUGAGGCGCUCGCCUGUUGCUUCGGCUACACGGCGCUAACGGAGGUGUUUCUCUACAAUGAGCAGUUUAUUUGCAAGCCGCCCACACAAACUAUUUACUCAGCGUUCGAUAUUCAUCGAGACCGAGAUUACGAUGUUGAGGACAAGUUUGCGUCAGUGGUAGGCACUGUUGCGGUCUGGGCGCCAGUCUCUGGGACGGUGUCUCGCUUAAACGGUGCGCUGUGCAUGGUGCCACGCACGCACGAAGCUGCGUUUCUGGCGUUCCUGGAGCGUUUGGGCGGCUCGGCGAGUCGGCCGAGCGCUUUCGUGACUGAAGCGCUCUGCAAGGCGCUGAUGACAAGUGCAGAGGCGCCAGUGGCGGCAUCGCAGGCGUCACUACUUAUGCUCAGCCCGGGCGACGUUGUCGUUUUUGCGGACGACGUCUGGCAUUGGUCGUUACCUUAUCGACUGGAAAGCGGCGGCCAGGUGCCAGAGUGUCCACAAGCACCCCGUGCAUCCGUUCUCCAGUCUCGUGUCGCUUGGAUGGCUCAAUACUCAGGCGAUGUCAUUCGCUCGAGACGUCGUGGCGGUUCUCCAGCGGCGCUUGCCGUGCGCUUGCCGCUAGGCUGCGGAGAAUCGCCUCUGCCCGGAAGGAAUGAGGAUGGAUCGAGCCAGCACCACUGUACGAACGUACAGACAUAG